UGAUCCUUCACAUAUCCUAUCCUAACAUCGAGGUAUAGGACGUCUGUGGUUUCCAUCAAAAUUCGUCCAUUUGCCAUACCUUAUUGCAUUAACUUAUGGUACCUCUGCUACCAUAAAUAUAUUUUUUUUCUGAAGAAAGAGGGAAGAAUGCAGAAACCGACAAAGAGCCAACACAAACAGAGUCGAACAACGCAAAUUUUGUCAGUAAGCAAAACCAAAGGAAUCCCAGUUUCUUGGCCAUGACCGUCAGCUACUGCACCUUUCUGGCUCAAACAAAAUACAAGCAGCAUUUGUCAUCUUUUUAGUUGGAUUUCAUGGCUACUAAGCUUGUCCAGCCAGCUUCUCAGGUAAUUCCUGCCAUUCCCAGAAUCACAAAGAUUCAUACUACAGCUUACAGGUCACUACUAGCCACUCAUCCAUGGACCAGGGAUGCAAAAUUUGGUGAAGGAUUUGUGCCCAUUCAUAUCACUAAAGUGGCAGAACAAACUUCUGGUUUAGUUGGGGACAAUAAGGACAUAGAAGAGAACGGAAAAAAUAACAGGACAGUUUCACAGAUUAAAGAAGACCUUUACCAUGCCCUUCAAGGAACUAACAGAGGGAUUUUUGGAGUCAAGUCUGAAAAGAAGUCUGAGAUUCAUGGUUUGGUGGAGCUGUUAGAAUCUCAAAAUCCAACUGCAGAUCCUACUGUAAAUUUAGACAAGGUGGAUGGUUGCUGGAAACUUUUGUACAGUACAAUUACCAUAUUGGGGUCAAAGAGAACAAAGCUAGGAUUAAGAGAUUUUAUCAGCUUGGGGGACUUGUUCCAGAAUAUUGAUGUUACUAAGGGCAAAGCAGUUAAUGUGAUAAAGUUCAAUGUCAGAGGAUUGAAUUUGUUGAAUGGACAACUGACAAUCGAGGCCUCCUUCCAAAUUUCAUCUAAAUCAAGAGUUGAAAUAAAAUAUGACAGCUCAACUAUUACUCCUGAUCAGUUGAUGAAUAUGUUUCGGAAGAAUUAUGAUCUUCUGCUUGGCAUCUUCAAUCCAGAAGGUUGGCUAGACAUCACAUAUGUUGAUGAUAACACGAGGAUAGGGAGGGAUGACAAAGGCAAUAUCUUCAUAUUGGAGAGAUCAGUUUAAUUUGGUGACCAUUGAUUCUCAUGAAAAAUGUUAUAAUUUUUAAUUAUAAAUUUUUUUUUAUAAAAUAGUUUAAUUUUGUAA